GUUGGCAAAAAAGGAGACCUUGUAGUUCGGUUUGCUGUUAUCCAUGUUAUUUGUAACCAAUUAACAAUGCAAACACAACCGAAUAAUCGUCUUUCCAUCGUUUUGGAAUACAUAUCAUCGUUUUUAAUUAAGGUUAAUGUCGAGACAAAAGAUGACUUCAGACUGCAAAAUAUAUCUAGCAAAGAAAAUGAAAUUUCACCCGAAAUCCUAGUUGAGUCCAUUGGAGUGCUCACCCAGCAAUUAGAGGCAGUCUGUGAACAAAUUAAAUUUGUCAUGAAAGACAAGAUGUACAAUGUUUCACAAAUGGAUACAACGAAUCCAGUACAAGAGAAAACCGUAACAGUUGACUGUGAACAAGUUGUGAAAGCCGACUGUGAAUCUCAUCCUAUAGAUCCAAGUAUUGUUCAGAUCAAAGCAUCAAAUGCUGAGAUUGAGAGGAGAAUAGCAGCAUUUUUGGAUCAGAAACAAAGUGAAGUGAAUGAAUUUAAUAGAAGAGAGUUUUGCAGCUGGACACAACUGGAUGACAAAUACAAUGAGGGAUGUGCUCGAACUGAGGCAAUAUUUGUCCCACGAGCUGGCACUAAAAGCCACAUCAAGCUCACUAGAGUUGUUAACCCAUAUGGACCUCAGACACGACAACAGGAUAUCGGCAACAGUCAGUCAACCUCACAAGCUCAGCAAGCCAAUGCGGGAACUGGACUACAGUGCAUGCAUGAGAGACUUAAAAACAUUGAAAAUCAUCUGGAUAUGACUGAAGAAUCUUCGAAGACGGACAUGUUUCAGAGGCUGAAAGUGUUGGAAGAGCGGAUUUUGUAUUUAGAAGGCCUUUCUCCAGAAUAUUUUCAAAAUGCACCUCCACCAGUAAGAAGGAAACGUAGGAAGGUUGAAGAACAGUCGAAUCAGAAUGAUCCUCAUACGGAAAUUCCUUUGGCUGAUAUAGAUGCUAAAAUACAAAGACUGAAAGCAUCCUUGAAACAACAGGCAUGUGGCGAGAGUUUUGACUGAACAUGUUUAAGAGCUUGCACUAUCAAGGAUGAGAUCAGAUGAUGCCUACUUUACCAAUGCAAAACACAGAUUGUUGUGAAUACAAAAAUAAGUGAUGCCUGAUUUUCCAAUACAUGUGUGUCAGUGGACACACUGCUAUCAGUCCAUAGAAAAUAGUACGGGCUUUGCAAAUCUAAAAAGACCGGCCUGAGGCUGUUGUGGAUCAAAGAUCAUGUUUUCUCCCAUCCCUAGCCAUGCAAGACAGGUGUAUUCCAUCACGUCAGCCCAUGCGGAAUAAACUGGUCUUGCAUGACCACGUCACUUCUGUUGUUUGAGCUGAUAUUAACAUUGGGUGACGUCAC